CGUCGGAGCGGGGACGCGCUCACAAGACACGCCGGCGGCUGCUGGGUGGGGUACAACCAUGGCUGCACUGAGACAAAGGAAGGGUGGCAAAGUAAAGGAAUCCAGGCAAGAGUCCAAGGAGCCCGGUGUCGCUGGAGACAUCACCCAAAAGAUGACCUCAGAUACAUGGACGUGGUGGACCGUGGCGUGGGUGGCCUUUAGGGGUCUGGUCGGCGUGCUGCUCGGCCUGCUGACGUGUGUUUACAUGGCCACCCUGCACGAAAACAACCUGUGGUUCUCCAACAUUAAGGAAGUUGAGCGCGAGAUUUCAUUUCGAACAGAGUGCGGCCUCUACUACUCCUACUACAAGCAGAUGCUGCAGGCCCCAUCCGUACAGCGAGGUCUUUUGGAGCUCCUCAGUGACAACUACACUGAAUCCAAGAGAACUGUCAACCUCCUGCAGAGAAUGAACAUCUACCAGGAGGUCCUCCUCAGCAUCCUCUAUAAAGUCCUGUCCAUCCAGGCAUAUCUGGAGCCAGUGUACUUCUACAUCUACACAGUGUUUGCCCUCCAGGCUGUGUAUGUCAUUGCACUGUACAUCACCAGCUGGCUCCUCUCUGGUUCCUGGCUUGGAGGUGUCCUUGCAGCAUUCUGGUACAUCCUCAAUAGAGUAGACACAACACGUGUGGAGUUUACCAUCUCUCUGAGGGAGAACUGGUCCCUGCCCUUCUUCGCCCUCCAAGUGGCUGCCAUCUCCUGGUACCUCCGGCCUCAACUGAAGCCUAUGCAGCAGAAGGUGGCGUUGUGGCAGGUCUUCCUUGCCACCCUCUGCUUCUGUCUCACAUGGCAGUUCAACCAGUUCAUCAUUCUCAUCCAGGCUCUGGUCGUCUUCUCUCUGGACUGCCUGAAUUUCAUUCCGGCUAAACAGGCCACACUGCUGCAUGUGGUUCAAGGUUCAAGCCUCCUGGUAGUCUGGGUCAUGCAGUUCUUCAACCCUAUGAUCCUGGGGUCACUGGCAUUGAGCUUCAUCCUGGGAGCUCUGAUCAUCAAGCCUUUCCAGAGGCUCCGCGGAGCGGGCGUUUUGCCGGCGCGCCUCGGCACGCUGCUCCUGCGCUGCCUGCUCGUCCUGUGCUUCACGUGUGCCAUCAAUUAUGUAACAAAGAAAGCGCUGCGCCUGAGAUCCGACGAGCACAUUUAUAAGUUCGUCAAGGCAAAGUUUGGUUUCGGAUCCACCAGAGAUUUCGACGCCAACCUGUACCUGUGUGAGGAGGCCUUCGGGUCCCUGCCCCUCGACACGUUCGGCCGCCUGGCGGGCACCCUGGUGCUUCACCCGUACCUCUGCGGCCUUUGCGUCUCCCUGGGGAUGGUGGCAUCGGCAGCGCUGAACAACCUGUGCGGUUGCAAAGGCUUCCGUUCGCAAAAAGUGAGGAAAGACGGCGAUGCGGUCCAUGUCCGACCAGAUGUCGCGUACAACGUAGUGCACGCUGUCUUUUUCGGGAUCCUUGCCCUCAGCACGAUGAGGAUGAAGUACCUCUGGACUGGACACAUGUGUGCCUUUGCUGCCUACAGUGUGUGCAGCUCCGAACUGUGGGAACUUUACCUAAAGGUGAUCCGUUGCCAUAGAAAAUCGAAGGUAAGGCGGAUUCAAAACGUUGUUCCAGUCGUUCUUCUGGCUUUCCUUUGUUACAAGUUCUAUCCCAAAAUGGUGGGGGAAAUUUCCGAACUGCGGGAAUUCUACGACCCAGAUACGGUGGAGCUGAUGACCUGGAUUAGCUCUAAGACGCCCAAAAAGGCCGUGUUUGCUGGGAGCAUGCAGCUGCUGGCUGGGAUCAAGCUGUGCACAGGGAGGGUCCUCACCAACCACCCUCACUACGAGGACCAGGCACUCAGGGAGAGGACCCGCCAGGUGUAUCAGAUCUACGCGCGACGGUCGCCUGAGGACGUGCACCGCGGCCUGCGUGCGGCGGGGGCGGACUACGCGGUCCUGGAGGACAGCAUUUGCCACGAGAGGAGACACCGACGCGGAUGCCGGCUGCGCGACCUCCUGGACGCCGCCAACGGGCACAUUAUGGAUGGUCCAGGAGGUAAUGACCCAGACUUGGUCCCAGCUCCUUAUCCUCGUUUCUGUGAGGAGAUCAAGAAGGACAGCGCUGCAUAUGCCCGCCUCUUCAUCCGGGUCUUCCAGAAUAAGACCUUCCAUGUGUACAAACUGACCAAAGGUAAGAAGAGCAGCAAGAACAACAGGGUCAGCAGCAUUGAUGCAUAG